AUGAAGAUAUUUGAAGAGGUUUUGCCCACAGGAAUUCCAAAGGAUUAUUUGGCAAGUGCAACAUUCUCUACAGGAGUGUACUUUAUAACAUAUAAUAGUGUCUAUAAGUAUAAUACAACAAGAAGUAUAGAAACCUACCCAUUUUCAGAGAUGCCUCUAUCCUUCAGCAGCGUAGUAGCGACAGCGCAUGGGGAGUAUCUGAUAUUUACGGAGAAAAAUACUCAAACCAUAUAUAACCCACUGAUGAACUACAAAAGCACAGUCACUCUGCCUAAUGCACCAGGAACUAUUUUGGUAGAUAAUUACAGCAUUGUGAAUCUAUUUUAUAAUGAAAUAUACAUCUACUGCAUAAAAGAUAUGCAGAUCCGAAGAUAUAUGAUUGAGCAGAACAAGCUAAUUAGUAAGUAUAGAAUAAGAAAGCUGUACAGACAGGAGGAUCGAGUUCUUUUGACGGAGGAGAAAAUACUUGAAAUUAACCUGAAAAUAAAGGAUAGGCAAUAUCAGGGACUAGGCACACUGUCAGCAGAUGACAAAAAAACAGUUAUGAUCAGGAAGCCUGUGAUUAUUGAGCCAGAGCCUGUGGUGUUUUGUGCUGAGCCAAUCAGCGAGAUUGUAUGCACAACCUGGGGAGGCAUUCUUAAGUACACGACAGGCAUGGAAGUGUACAGCAUGAAUGGAGAGAAUUAUAGUCUAGCAUACAUCUACAAGACAGAAGGCACAUUCAUAAAUGGAAAGGAACAAAUGGAAGUGCAAAGAAGAGUAUUUGUCAGGGAAAAAGAAAAACAGACAGAAAAUGGCCUGGAGUGCGGAAUACUGGAGAUUGGGAAGACAGGCCCAAUUCAAAUAUUUAGCAUAAAAAAAACAGAGAAAAUAUACGUUAUAAAUGACACAACUUUUUUAGUUGAAGGAGAGACAGAUAGAAUUGUGAGAUAUAGAACAGAGCAGAAUGCAUACCAGGCAGCCCCAAUAGAGCUGAGCAAGGAGAGGGAUAUCCAGAAAAAGGAAAACAAUUUAAUUGAAACAAGCAUUGAGUACCUUAGAAAAUACAAGAGCAUCAAGUACGUUCUGGAGGGUGCUACAGAAGAGGAGAAUGCGCUGUACAUUAAGAAAAUACUAAACUCAUUCAAGGAAGAUGUGACUAUGCGUGUGAUGUCCUUGGGAAUCAUGCUAGAGAACAGAAUACGUUAUGUCAAAGAUGUGAGCAAUAAGAUAAAAAUAAUUGAAAAAACAACGAAAGAGAAAAUCAAAGAGGUUACAGCAAAAAACGAGAAGAUAAUCAGCCGGAUGGGGCAGAUUAUAGAUGAAAUCAAGCACAUAUACGAGAGAGACUUACAGAAGAAAGAAGAGCCAUCUGAGCACAUACAAGCACUGAAGAGUCAAAUACAAGAGCUAAAGAAGAAAGUGCAGGAGCCAAAGACAACCAGAGACUUUACAAAGCUAAAGGGAGAGUACUACUUACUUAAGGAGCAGAACAGAUAUUUAAUGAAGAGAUUGGAUCUGCUAGGCUAG